AUGGAGACGCCAUCACAAGCAGGAACACUCUUCAUCCUACCAGACAAUCGCGUGCUCUGUUACGGAGUCUACGGCGACCGCAACGCCGAAGCGACAGUCUUUUUCCACCAUGGAUUGCCCGGCAGUCUCGUUGAAGCCCUCGGGUACGAUGAACCAGCCAAACGCCACGGCAUCCGCGUCGUUGCCAUUGAGCGGCCAGGCCUCGGUCGCUCGACCCAUGACCCAAACCGCCGGCUCAUCGACUGGCCGGCAGAUCUACUGGCCAUCGCCGACCAUCUCAAAAUCGAUCGGUUCGCCGUCCUCGGGGUCUCGGGCGGUGGUCCCUACACGAUCGCGUGUCUGCAUCAGAUCCCCAGGACUCGCUGUGUCGGGGGCGGUGUCGUGGCAUCCAUGUACCCUAUGAAGCUGGGGAUCGACGGCAUGAUACUCCAAAACCGCAUCAUGCUCGGUCUGGUGCCUUGGUCGCCGUGGCUGGUCGAGAAGGGGUUCGAGUACCUGUUUGGCUCGGCCGCGAGAGACGAGGAGCACCCAGAGAAGCUGGAGAAGAUCUUCGACGACAGCUUUCAGAAUAAGCCGGGGCCGGACCAAGAGUGCAUCUACCACGACGGAGGGAGGACACGGUCGAUGCUGAUCGAGGAUAUGCGGCAAGCGUUGCGGUAUGGGAGCAAAGGGUCAGCGUGGGAGGCCAAGAUUGCAGCGAGCGAUUGGGGGUUUCGCCUCGAGGAUGUCAAGGUGGACCCUGGUCAGUUCGUCAUUUGGCAUGGCAGGUUGGAUGUGAACGCUCCUGUCAGGAUGGCUGAGAAAGCAGCCCAGUUGAUACAGGGGGCUGAAGCAAGGAUUUCGGAAGCGGAUGGUCAUGUGAGUAUGACCGUGAGCAAAUUGGAUGAGGCAAUGGAGACGAUGAAGCAGAUAUUGUCCUGA